AUGUCAUUGUCGACAGAGAAAGACGAAAAAAUACCUCCUGAUUUCAUUCAUUGUGUACAAAAACUAUUAUCAUCAAUCUCAACUUUAAACAAACAUUUAUCUGUUUUAACUAUACAAAAAGAAACUACUAUUACAGAUCAAAACGAUGAAUUAACAAAUAAACUUCAAGCUAUAAAAGACGCCAUUAAUAGUCUUGCACCAGCCGUUCAUACAGCAAAACAAGUUUCACCAACAUCAUCACUUGUCGAACGUCUAUCAAAUGAAUAUUUACGUUUAUGUGAUGAUUAUAAAAAACAUUAUAGUCUUACAAUGACGGAUACACGUCCAUUUGUUGAAUACAAACAACAUAUUGAACGUUUAUCUUCAUGGUUAUCAACGACAAAUGCUAACAUUCAUGAAGUCUUACAAUCGGUUAAUAAACAACGAGCAUUACUUAUUAUCAAAAAUCUUGAUGAAUUAAGUAAAUAUAAAUCAUUAUUAGAACGUGCUACAGUUUUAAAUACAACAAUGGUUGCUGAUCUACCUGAUGAACAAGCAACAAAAAUGACAAACGAAAUAACUGAUGUGAAACAACAAUGGUCUAUUCUUAUUGAAGGAUUAAAUACACUUAAAGAAAGACAUUCAUCACGUUAUGCAUCACCUGAACGCAGUAGAAAUGAAGAACGUUUAACAAAACAAAAUGAGAAUUUAGUACAUUAUAUUGAAAGUUGGCUUACAUUAGCGAAAGAAUUGAUUCAUCAACAGGAACACUUGAUGAUAAACAAUCAUAAUAUGAUUGAUGAUGAAAAAAUUUUACACGGUUCAUUAAAUUCAUCUGAUAAUGAUCUGUCCAAUCAUAGUCUUCUUUAUCAACUAAAAGAUUGUGAAUAUGAAAUCACUCGAUUAAAAGGUUUACUUGAUGAAAAUUGUCGAAUUAAAAAAAACGAUGAUAUGACAACAGGUGAAGUAACUCGUUCGUUAGCUGAUGAAUUGACAGAAAUUGCAAAAUGUGUAACAACAGCACGUAUUCAAUUAGAGAAUCGUAUUGAACAACAACGUGGAUUUCUUGUUGAAUUAGAUUCACUUAUUAAUUGGUUAAAAAAUUUUGUUAAUGAAUCAAAAACAAUUGAUAAUCAAUCAAUUAAAUUAGCUUUAAAUGAGCGUAAACAACAUUUCGAUGAAUUAAUUAAAUGUAGUCAAAUAAAUGAUCAUGGUGUUAAAGAUAAAAUUGAAAAUUUAACUCAAAUAUGGAAUCAUUUAACAUCAUUAAUCACUGAUUCAUCGUCUACAGUAACUACACAAUUAUCUACAUCAUCACCACCACCUUUACCACCACCACCGCCGCCGCCGCCGCCACCACCACCACCACCGCAAUUAUUAUCAUCAGAGCAAAAUUCACAUUCGAAAUUAAUUGACGAAGCAAAACAAUUACUAAAUAUUAUUGUACAAUUAGGUAAUCGUGAAGAAAUUGAACAACUUAGAAAUCGAAUCCAAUCUUAUCUAACAAAUAUUGAUCUAAAUACUUCUAAUGAUCAACUUCAAACAAAUUCUAAUUUGAAAUUCUAUCUACCUGAUCAAUUACAUGAUGAACUUAUCACUAGACAAUCGAUACUAAAACAAAUGUUAAUCGAUACGACACAUAUUGAUCAUCUUCGUGUUAAUUUCGUUUCACAUUUUCAUAGUGAAAAUGAUCAUCGCAAAGAAAAUGAUGAAGUUUUAAAUAUUAUUAAUAACUAUCCACAAGAAAUGACAAGUCAAAUACGGCAAUGGUUAAAUGAACAACAAAAAUCUCGUGUUAUAGCACCAUUAGCAACUGUGGAUACAUCACGAAGUAUUGAUGAUUUCGAUGAAUAUAUUAGAGAACUUGAAGAAAAUAUUAUAUCAUAUGAACAAAAUCAUAAUAAUGAAGUGAAAUUAAAGAAAAUUUUUCAACAAAUUGAAGAACGAUCAAAUUUAACACAUGAUGAUAGACAACGUCUAGAAAAUUUACGACAAAGAUUUUUCUACGCACAAAAACAUAUUGAAGAAAAUCGAAAGAGAUAUUCAUCGUCAAUGAUAAAUACUGAUCAAAUUAUUGAUGAUAUUGAUUUAUUAAUUAAAUAUUUAAAAGACAUUGAUGAACAAAUACGAACGAAUGCUAUACAACCUAUUAAUGAUUAUGAAAGACUUAUUCCUGAUUGUCAACGUAUUAUUACUGAACUUGAACAAAAUCUUCGUCCACACGUUGAACAAGUUAUUACGACUAGUAAACGUUUAUAUACCACAGAUAAUAAAGAUAGUAGUGGUGUUGAAAGUGCUGACGAAAGUGGAGGAGGCAUUGGAUCAUCAUCAUCGCCUUCACCUCCAUUAAAAAAACAUUCUGAUUUAACAUUACGUAAAGUUCGUCGACAUGUUCUUCAAUUAACACAACGUUGGAAAAGUGUAAAUACAAAUGUUCGACAUCGUUUAAAAAUUUUACAACGUGCUCAUACAGCCGUAGACGCAUUACGUCAUCAAUGUGAUCAAUUACAUGCACAUUUACUUGAAAUUGAACUUGCUCAUGCUCAUCAACCACAUAUACGAACAAUAAACGCUGAUCACGUUCCAGUUGAAAUAGAACAAGCAAAACGUUUUUUGUCAACGCUGAUGUCAUGUAAAACAUCGAUUGAUGAUGUUCAACAAUUAGCACAUACAAUUGAAAGUGAAUAUGAUAUACAUUCAGUAAAUCGUGUACAAGAACUUACUCGAAGAUGGGAACAUUCAUUACAAUCAGCAUCUCAACGAGUACAAUCAUUACAGGAGACAAUAAAAAAUACUGAUACUGAUAUAUAUUCAAAUUCAGUUGAAUAUCCAUGGCAACGUUCGAUUGCUUUUAAUAAAGUACCUUAUUUUAUCAAUCAUUCCGAUCAAAGUACAUCUUGGGAUCAUCCAAAAAUGCUUGAAUUAAUGCGUUCGUUUUCGAAUUUAAAUGAUAUUCGUUUUUCUGCUUAUCGUACAGCUAUGAAACUUCGUACAUUACAAAAACGUCUUUGCCUUGAUUUAACAUCACUGAGUGAUAUUAUAAGUGUAUUUGAAGAACAUCAAACAAUGAAUUCACCAAAUAAAAAUAUUGAUAAAUAUAUUGAUGUAACAGAAAUUCUUUAUUAUUUACAAUCAAUAUUUGAAAAAACAGCUAAUGAAUAUCCACAAUUAAUUAAUGUUAUACUGACAGUAGAUUUAACACUUAAUUGGCUAUUAAAUAUUUAUGAUAUUAAUCGAACGGGUUCGAUCCGUUUAUUAGCAAUUAAAAUGGCAUUAGCUUUACUUUGUAGAGGAAAUAUUGAAGAAAAAUAUCGAUAUAUAUUUUCAUUAGUGGCAUAUCCAUCGACAGAAAACGAUGGAAAAGAUGUAGUCGAUAGACAACAUUUAUCAAUUCUAUUUCAACAAGCCAUUGUUAUUCCGAAACAACUUGGCGAAGUUGCUGCAUUUGGUGGAUCAAGUGUUGAACCAAGUGUGACCAGUUGUUUUGAUUAUGCGCAUAAUCCUGAUGUAAUAACUGCAAAUGAUUUUCUUGAAUGGGUUAAAUUAGAACCACAAUCACUUGUUUGGUUACCUGUUAUGCAUCGUCUAGCAGCAAGUGAAGCAGCUAAACAUGAAGCACGUUGUAAUAUAUGUAAAAUCUAUCCGAUACUUGGCUUUCGUUAUCGUUCAUUGAAAUAUUUUAAUUGUGACAUUUGUCAAAAUUGUUUUUUUUCUGGUAAACAAACGAAAUUUUUCAAAAUGGAUGAUCCAUUACAAGAAUAUUAUACUGAAACAACAUCAUCCGAAGAUAUUCGAGAUUUUUUUCGUAUAUUUAAAAACAAAUUAUGGAGUAAACAUCGAAAACAUCCUAAACUUGGUUAUUUACCAUUACCACAUGUUUUUGAUAAUAAUAUUCCAACAGCUUCUCAACAACCAUCUCCAACUCCUAUGUUAAUUCCAGUUUUAACAGCACCGCAUAAAUCAGAUAUCGGAACUAUACAAACUGUUUCUGCUCCUAUUGAAUCAACCGAUGAACAUGGUAUCAUUGCACAACAUUGUCGAAAUUUAAAUAAUUUUGUACACUCAUCGCCUCGUGUUGCUGCCCAUGAUAUUUUAACUCGUUCUUGUUCACUUGAUAAUGAUCAACGUAAUGAAUUAGAAGCUAUUAUUCGUGAUCUUGAAGAUGAAAAUCAUCUAUUACAAAAUGAAUAUGAACGUUUAUGUCAUCAACAUAUGGAAAAAUCUUUAAUUAUUAAUGAUCAACAUCAACAUUUUUAUCAAAGUGAUAGUCAAUUAGGUUCAUUAUCAAAUGAUUAUAAUUCAAGUGAUCGAGAAAUGUUACGUGAAGCUAAACAACUACGUCAUCAUAAAACAAAAUUAGAACAACGUAUGAAAAUUCUUGAAGAACAUAAUAAACAACUUGAAAAACAAUUAAGGAGAUCAAAACAAUUAUUAUUCCGAGAAUCUCCUUUAUUACAUCAUCAUACUAGUAGUACUAGUGUAACUGAUUAUCGACCAGCAACAACAUCAAGUCCAUUACAUAGUUCAUCAUCAGGUUUAAAACGUUCAAUGGAAAGGAAUCUUGAAAGACAACCAAAUUUAAUAACAAUUGAUAAUUUAUUUCAUAUGGCUGAUGAUAUAAAUCGUGCUGUUGGUGAUCUUGUUUCUGUUAUAACUGAACCUCAAACAAAUGGUUCAGCAUCUUAUUAUCAACAACUAAAUACUUCGAUAGCAACUUAA